CUUCACUUCACUCUUCACUUUUUUUUGUCUUUCAAUGAGCGAUGUUGUGCACAAUAAAAUAAAACGAAAGUUUUUAAAUUCUUGAAAUUUUGUAGGCCAAACAUUAUACUUCAAAGGAACUUUCACGUGACACAAACAAGUGCAUUUCCGUGAAAUUUUUAAUCGUUCCGGUACAAUUCCUGUGGUUCUUAGAAACGAGCUAUUCCAAACGAACAGUCAAGAGUGGUAAUUUGUGGUGCGCCCUGCAGGAAGUCACAGUUAUCAAAGAUGAUAAGUCUAUUGGUUCGCACAAGCCUUGCUCUACUUGUUUUAAACUUGCUGGUGACACCGGCCGACGCAUUUCGGAACAGAGACGGCAGUUACGGCAAGUAUAACAAGGGCUACAGUGACUCCAGCUACCCUAAGACGUUAGCUGGCACCAGUUCUGGGCUUCCAUCCCAGCAGGCUACUCGAAGAGGCUUGGGCAUUUCAGCCUGGGGCAUUGUCCUUGUGGUAGUGGCAUUGAUACUGGCAGGCAUGGGAUUCUACUACUUCUCAAUCUGCUAUGAUAUCUGCCAGCCAACUAAGAACAAAUAUGACAAAAUGGGCAUGCCAACUAUGGCCUAGCUUAACUCAGUAGAGCCCUGUGAUUAGAUUUAGUGAGUUGUAAGAAUUUCAUGCAAUUUGACCUGUAUGCAAUAGCAAAAGUAUAGAUAUUUAUACUGCUGUGGUGUGUUAGAUAUAACUGUCUAGGUUUUAUUAGUAAGGAAACAUACACUAUGUAUGUAUUGACUGAACCUCUCGAAAAGGAGAAUGAUAAAUUGAAACAUUCCUAUAUUCUCAAUGCUAAUUGUUUAUGAGGGUAAUUGUGUUAAAUUGUGAAUCUGAAUGUGGCCUUAGAAUGUCUAAAACAUAUCUUUUAUGAUAUGUUAUGUAAGCAUAUAAAAAUAUAAAGGUUGUGACCUACAUUAAUGAUUUGUAUAUGGACCCUAUAUGAUGUGUAUUUUUGUGAUGAAUUGGGGUGCUUUUUGCUUUGAUACACAAUUUGAUGGCUUUAUGAACGUAAAAAGACUGGUUGGGACCAAGUAAAAUUUAUAAAGACAAAAACAUUUACAUUUUUGUAGUAAUUUAGAUUUUAUAUUUAUAUAAAAUGAACUUUUAUGUGUUCAUUAAAUAUAGUUUUAGCAGAAUAUGUUAAUUGAAGUAACAAAUUCUUAAUAGCAGAUUAAAAGAAUGUACUAUGAUCAGAGUUUACCUCAGACAGAUACUGGUGCCAUACAAACCACAUAAUCACCAUUGUUUUCCUUAUUUAUUUUGUCACUCGUAAUAGUUCUGUAAGCUACAUACCUAGCAUAAAACUUUUAAAAAGAUCCCAGCUAUUUAUAACCAUUACUCACAUGAAUUGUUGUAAACAAUAAUACAUUUUUCCAUCAUCACAAUAACCAGAAAGGUUGAUUAUUUCACUAAGAAUGCAAAUAGCAUGACUAAACUUAGUUACUUCCUGUAAAAAAAUAUUGUAUAAUCAUUGCUGUAUUGCAAAGUUAUCAUGAAACCAAACAUAACUUUACUCGAAUUAUGAUUAAACUGUGUGACAAGGUUGUUUAUCUAAUGGAAAGAACUAAUUAAGAGAAUGAAGCUGUACAAUUAGAAUAAUCUAGAUGUCACAAACUGUCUCGACUUACCCUAAUUAAACAUCUUAUCAGUAUUAUCCAACAUAAUGCUGUCUGCCCGUCUAUACAUAAGACUGUACACAAACUAGACAUGUAUGUAGAAUAAGUUUCAUAUUGUUCAAAACCAAUGCUCAAAAUAAUAUUGUUAUAUACACAUAAUA